AUCCGGCUGGAAACGGGGCGGGCCUUGUUCUGGAGUCCUGGCACCCGUCUGCUCCGCGAGCGGCGAAAGGUGGAGAGAUUUUCAGCAUCACACACAUCCACUGUCUGACACACACUCACUCACACACACACAUACACACAGUCGAGUAACGGGACGCAUCCAGACGGAACAGGACUAUGGACCUGAGCCUGCGAGAUGCUCUGGGAGGUGGCGGUGGCGGCGGGGUCCCGGGUGGGGCUCCAGCUGAGGCCCUGCUGAAGAGAGACUUUGUGGCCACGUUGGAGAAGGAGAGCUACGAUGAUAAGGUGGGAGAGACGGUCUCCAAAAGCGACUACCGACCCCUACUGGACGGGAAGGACGCCAAGAGUGGUGCUGGGAUGAUGUCAUCCAUGAUGUCAUCAGGUGGACGCCAAGAGCCUCCGGGACAGCCAGCCUUCGGUUCGGACUACCUGUCUGGUCCUGUGAUGGGUGGGAUGACGGGUCAGUGGAAUCAGAACAAGAUGAAGGACACCAGUGUUCCUGACUCAUUCCUAGGCUUCUCCCAGUCUGGGAUGGGAGGGACCGGUCUGCCGCCCUUCCAGACCAGUAUGAGCUCCACCCUGGGCCAGUCUGGGAUAGGUUUGGCCAUGGACACCCAGAAGAGCUCAGGCCUGUUCGGUUCAGAUCCCAAACCCGCCGGUAACAUUAGCGGAGGGAGUCCGUUUAAGGCCAGUGAUCCGUUUUCCACCGGUGGACCGGGAAUCCAUGGUCUGGAUCACUCUACAGCUCCCAUCCUCUCUCCCAGUGGCUCAAUGGACGACAGCAGUCCCACGUCCUCCACCUCCGAACCUCUCAGCCCUGAAAGAGCUGGGCCGGGGGGUGAGGUUGGCAAGCAACAGCAGAGGCGGAGGAAGAAGAAGAGGAAGGGCCGUGACGAGGUCUACGACUUCUUGGAUAGACAGGAGAAUAACGUCGGCCAAUCAGACAAGAGUGGGCUGCAGGACAAGGGGGAGCAGGAGGAAGAGGAGGACGAGGACGAGGAGGAGAACUGGGAGUGGGAGAUUAGAGAGAGUGGAGGAGGGGGGAGAGUGAGAGGCAGGAAGACUAAGAGUCGGGCCAGACUCCCAGAGGAGUGGGGAGCCCCCCAGCAGCUGGUGUCCACAGCUGCCGACUCUGGUCUUCCUGAAUCCAAAGCUCUUAAGUCCAGCCCCAGCCCUGUUCCACCCACCUCCCCUUCACAAAUACCCACCAGUUUCACCAACCACUCCCACGCUAGCCUUGCCACAGAUUCAUCUCCGCGCUCCUAUGAGCCCAUGUGUGUAGACGAUUUCCCCGUUUCCACUAAGAACGGGCAAAAACAACAAGAAGAGAAAGUUCCACCCAUCAAACCUGAGACUACCAUUAGCUCAGCAGCUGCGAGCAGAGGUGCAGAUGUCAGCGCUAGUUUAGCUUUAAUGACAGGAGACAACCUGAGCCCAGUUUCCCAGACCUUUUCCUUUCUGGACUCAGUGCUCCAGACCCCUCCAGGCUCUGCACCCGACUCACAGACCACCACCCCUGUCACCAACACCCCCUCCCUUGCCACCGCCCCUGUCGCGAAGCCGACUCUGGCAGAAGCGUCCGUUCCACAGCCCACUCUGUUCACCCCCGCUUCCACCAGCCCCUCACCUUUUACCGCGAAACACGACACACCCUCUCCCUCAACUACUGUGGGGUCAGGCCUCAACAUCGAUGCAAAGCCCUUCGUCCCUGCAGCUGCGCUCAUGCCCACCACUGCCACCACCGCCGCCGCCUCCCCCAGUUCCAUCCCUACCCCUGCCGUUAGUGCGGCGCUCUGCACCGGACCCACCGCCACCGCAUCCCCCUCGCCCCUCACUUCCUCAGCCCCUGCCCCUACCAGCAUAGCCUCAUCCUUUAGCCCAGCCACAGCCACUGCCCCUCCCUCCGUCACCCCUGCAGCCCCUCCCUCUCACCCUGCACACUCAGAGCACCAGGAGUCCUCGUCGCCACUGCUCCCCCCACUGGAAGCAGUGAAAAGUGACAACAAGGAUAAACAAGAGAAGACAGACAUCAUGUCCAAGAUGGACACUUCUGACAAGAAAGUGGAGCAGCAGAAGAAAGACACUGCCCCCGACAAGAACCAGCAAUCUGAGAAAAUCCUGAAAGACGAGGAGAAGACGGAGAAGCUGAAUGCUGAGAAAAACAACGAGAAGGCGGAGAAGGUGGACAAACCGGAGAAGACCAACAAAGAUGAGAAGAAGGAAGAAGAGAAGAAGGCGGUGGAGAAGAAGGAGGAGAAAGGAGGGAAAGAUCCGGCCAAGUCUCCGACCGGCAACGGAGGCAAAACUCUGCAAGACAACAAGAGCAAGCCUGAUGCGGGUUCAGCCAAACCAAACUCCCGCCCAUCCACCCUCUCCACCAAUGGCGAGGCCAACUCGGCCAAACGCCCCUCCCCCACCACUGCAUCAGCAAAUAAAAAAAGCCCUGUACCCAAGGCGACCACGCCCACCACCACUAAGCGGCCGCCAACAGCAACUGGUACGGCUAAGGCUGCCAAGACUCCAGAGAAUGAGAAACGCCCACCUGUUCCAAAGGCCACACCCACUCCCAGAGCAAACACCACUAAGAACGGAUCGACUCCUGCAAACAAACCUGCAGCUAACAAGAACGACAAGACUGAGAACAAGACGGGCGAAGCCAAGAAGCCCAAGUCUACAGCCCGCCCCCGUCCGGCCUCCACCGCCGCCCCCACUCCACCUGCUACUACUAACGGUGAAGCCGGCUCCACCCACCGCCGCCGGGUCAUCACCAAACCCCCCGUUCCCAAACAAACCCCAAUGGAGAAGAAGCCGGCGGUGCCCCGUGCCCCCCGAACCCCCCGGCCAAUCAACGCCCCCACACCGGACCUGAAGAACGUCCGCUCUAAGAUCGGCUCCAUCGACAAUAUCAAGUACCAGCCCGGCGGAGGGAAGGUCUCCUCCACCCCGAACAACAAGACAUCCGACCCCUCCACCCCUACCGCCAAGGCCAGAGUUCAGAUAGUGCACAAAAAGCUGGACUUCAGCCAUGUCACGUCUCGCUGUGGCUCCAAGGACAAUAUCAAAUAUGUCCCUGGAGGUGGCAAUGUGCAGAUCCUGAAUAAGAAGGUCGACGUGAGUAAGGUUACCUCCAAAUGCGGCUCCAAGGACAACAUUAAACACAAGCCAGGUGGUGGAGAUGUGAAGAUCGAGUCCCAUAAGGUAAAUGUCAAGGCUAAGUCUAAGAUCGGAUCCAUGGACAAUAUGGCGCCUGGCAACGGACAGACCAACGGACACAAGGAGGAAAAGGCAGAGGAGAAGAUGCCCUCACCCCCAAGUGGCACAACAGGGCCAGCUGUUGCUAAGGCAACAGCACCAGGAAGUGUUGCUAAGGAGAACGGGUGAAG